GUGGCCUGACGACAAACAACGUUAACUCCCUCGCUCGGCAGCCAUGUGUCCGAAGGUUCUGGCUGUGUUACUGGUCAGCCAUUUCUUCCUGAUACACCCCACCAGUUUGCUACCGUACUCCGGCGGUUCCUUGGGCACUAAGAGCACUUGCAGUAACUCCAGAAAUGAGCCAUGUGCCAAGAUCGGUCACUCCACAACUUCCGCUGUCAGCAUUGCCACCGGAAGUGAAGGAAACCGUGGAGAGGGCAGGAGUGUCAUGGGAUCCACGCGCAGACUGAUGUAUCCUGCUGCGAGGAGAUCGAACUACAGACAUUCAGGUUCACAUCGUCCAUCUUACAGCCAACAGGCUGGAAGGUAUCCUGUGUACAGGGCGCAAGAGAGGUACCAACCCAGUGAGGUCGGCUACAAACCGAAGGAACCAAGCUCACAGCCCGAUUUGCGGCCACCAAUUUCACCUUCCUCAUUCAUGCAGGACACGGGAACUGGACCAAGUCAGACCUCGGUCUCAGUCCAACCUGACAAACCAAAAACUACCCCUCUAGCAGAUUCGUCCAGGCCUAUUCCCAACUUUGGACAUUCUGAAGAAUACGACACACCCCCUUCUGGGUUACAAACUGAUGCCGAACAAGAACCUCCUUCCAUAGAACCGAAUUUCGACCAGAAUAUUCCCUCAAAGGGAUCGUCAGACGAUUUCUACCACCACCCAGCCCCAUCGAAAUAUCCCCAUUACCACUCUACCUACGAAAAACCCUUCCAUGAUAAUUCACAAGACUAUAUAUAUGUCGAUUAUGAUCCUAAUUCACACGAGCAUAAGCCAGAUACACAUGAACACAUUCAUUAUUACAAUUCUUACCAUCACUUUUCUCCCCCUGACAUGACGUACCAACCUCAACAAGCAAAUGAUACAUAUCUACCCGUGCCCAUGACUUACGGUCCAGAAGAAAACAGGAACAAAAAGCCUUACACAUAUUACUAUAUAGGACGGAAGUUGUGGUUCAUUCCCUUAUAUUUCAGCGUCUACUUCAUCGUUUACAUAGCUUCGCUGCUCGUGAAGUCCAUAGCAAGACACAAGAUCAAAUAUCCCGUAAGUUACUGGGCAGGGUAUGACAAGAGAGCCUUAGGAAACGGGGUGAACAGACUAGAGCUUCAACUGACAACGGAACAGAUCAUGAAGACUCUGGCAACAGCUGAGCAUCGAUAUGCGUGACUGCUGUCUCUUCUUAUCACACAGCCACAAGUCACAUGAGUCAGUCAUCUCCAGGCUAUACGAAUAAUUUAGAAUCUGCAAGCGAGGAUUUCCCUUAAAUUCAAACUCCUGCAGUGUUUAUUAGUAACUACGUCAACAGCCCUCAACAUAGCCCCACUUGACUUGCGGUCUCUCACUACUGAACAGGAGAUGCGAGUUCUCACGGAUCCUUCAAAGCAUGGAGGUUACUGUACGCAGGCUGUGUUUAUGUGUUUCUUAUGAUUCUCACAGUAAACAGCAACUUUUUUCCUAAAUAUUAUUAACUGGUAGAUCCUUGUAAUGGAUGCGCAAUGUUUUCUGUGAGGUGGGGACAGAAUAUUUAAAUAUUAUUCAGAGGACACGUAAGUUCUAAGGGGUUAAGAAAAUCAGUUGCAGUCCUAGAAAUGUACAAGAUCCUGUCAGAAAUUUAGCGGCUUCUUCUUGGUGCAAGCCUCGAUGUGCUGUAGGCAUUGUAUAAGUUCCUGCUAACACAAGCAGUAGAAUUCCUGUGGCGGAGGAGGACCACUGCAGGCCUGCAGAUCAGCUCGGCUGCAGUUUCUUCUUACUUUCACUUCCCGAUCCAAAUCUCGAUCUGGUCCGCGCUAGAGGAUUUCUAAACCCUAAUUAACAGAAUUAUAAUCAUAAUUCUGGAACGCUUCUUCCGUGACUGGAUGGACACUCAUGCGUUCUCCGAGCAUGACUCGAACCCAUGAUCCAAGCAUUUGAACGUCCGAGAUCAUGUGACAACCGGGGUCAGUUAUAACAGUUGAAAACUUCAGCCACAAUUAUAUGUUAUCGUGGGGCCGUGUUGGUCUCCACAGAGAGUAGCCAGUGCCCUCGAAAUCAGGAUCUAUUUGCCUCAAACAUAACCUCCAAUCCACAGACAGGAACCAACCAUCGGGCAGCAACAUCACUGGAGGAACGGAUGAAUUGAAACAUGCGCUCUGGUGUUUUUUGUAAAUCACUGAAUGUUGACUCUGUUAGUAUAUAGUACAAUAGCAGGGCAAUAAAACUCUGUGCAUUUUAAACAUA